AACUUUGAACACUUUUAACUCUCAUCUGGUAAUACAUUUCUUUGUUGUGACAAUCGAGUGAAUGACAGUACAACUACAACAGUACUGUCACAGUACACACAAAACAAAAAACAGUACAGACAUAAUUGGCUGCGCAUAUUAAUAAACUCUGUCAGACUAAAAAGAUUCUUGUUAUUUAUUUAUUCAAAUAUGAAGUUCCAAUAUAAAGAAGAACACGCUUUUGAGAAAAGGAAAGCCGAAGGCGAGAAAAUUAGACGCAAAUAUCCCGACCGUGUUCCCGUCAUUGUAGAGAAAGCUCCAAAAGCCCGCAUUGGGGACUUAGAUAAAAAAAAAUAUUUGGUACCUUCUGAUUUGACUGUUGGACAAUUCUACUUCCUCAUACGCAAAAGAAUACAUCUUCGACCUGAGGAUGCUUUGUUUUUCUUUGUUAACAAUGUUAUUCCUCCAACAUCAGCUACCAUGGGCUCUCUCUACCAGGAGCACCAUGAAGAAGAUUUCUUUUUGUACAUAGCUUAUUCAGACGAAAAUGUUUAUGGAGCUUAAUAUAAUACAUUGUAUUAUUAUUAUUAUGAUUAUUAUUAUAUAUAUAUAUAUAUAUAUAUAU